GGGGUAUAUAACCCCAGAAGAAUUGUCCGAGCCUUGUCACUCUGCUCCGAUUCCUCCCAGCGUCCCACCAGAGUCAUCACCCAAACCUACAGAGUGAAGAUAUGGCACCCAAGAAGGCCAAGAGAAGGGCAGCGGAGGGUGGCAGCUCCAAUGUCUUCUCCAUGUUUGACCAAACACAAAUUCAGGAGUUUAAGGAGGCCUUUACUGUCAUUGACCAAAACCGAGAUGGCAUCAUUGACAAAGAAGACCUGAGGGACACCUUUGCAGCUAUGGGCCGACUGAAUGUGAAGAAUGAGGAACUAGAUGCCAUGAUGAAGGAAGCCAGUGGACCCAUCAACUUCACUGUCUUCUUGACUAUGUUCGGAGAGAAAUUAAAGGGUGCUGAUCCGGAGGAUGUGAUCACUGGAGCCUUCAAAGUCCUGGAUCCAGAGGGGAAGGGAUCCAUCAAGAAGCAAUUUCUGGAAGAGCUGCUCACCACCCAGUGUGACCGAUUCUCUCAGGAGGAAAUCAAGAACAUGUGGGCAGCUUUCCCCCCAGAUGUAGGUGGCAAUGUGGACUACAAGAAUAUCUGCUAUGUCAUCACCCAUGGAGAUGCCAAGGAUCAGGAGUAGAGGCCUCCGGAGCAUCAACUUCCCUUCCUCUGGUCCCCAGAAAGGGAAGCAUUGAUCUCCCCUGGAUCUGAAUGCCCUUAUCCCCUUCAAAUAAAGAUGAACUUGUCUUUCUUA